AUGAGAUUCGCCAUCAUUGCAGCGUGCGUAUUGGCUGUCGCCAGCGCCCAAUUCAACCAGGGACAGUACUUCCCCCAGAAGGAACAGGCCGGUCAGUACAGAAAAUACAACCAAUACAACGCCUACAACCCAUACAACCAAUACAACAACCAGUACAACGGCCGUUACAACCAGUACAACCGUUACCAGCCCUACCAGUCCACCUACAAACCCUUCGUCACUUCAACUGUCUUCCCCACCCGCCCAUCAGUGACUGUUACUGAGGCUCCCGUUGCCGUCAGCGAGGUCAAAGUACCAGUGGUUGUACCAGUUGUGACCCCCGCUCCAGUCCCAGUCCCAGUUGUCCCCAUCGCUAAGGUAGCUUCUGACGCUCGUUCUGCCGAGACCGUGAGGUACGGUAACGAAAUCGAAGCUGACGGUGCCUACAACUACUUCUUCGAGACCAACAACGGUAUCGCCGCCCAGGCCCAGGGUAUCCCACGUGCUUUCGGUGGAAACCCCCCAGUCGUCCCUGAUGUCGCCCAAGGAUCUUUCUCCUGGACUUCCCCCGAAGGUGAAGUGAUCGCCAUCACCUACGUCGCUGACGAGAACGGAUACCAGCCAUCUGGUAACGCCAUCCCCCAACCACCAGAAAUCCCAGCCCAGAUCGCCCGCGCUCUGGAGUACAUCGCUAAAUACAACCCAGUCGCCCCAGUCCCCUACGCCAAGGCUUCCGCCACCGCCUCAGUCUCCAGGAAGUAG